AUGAACACUAGUCAAGGCUCGGAUCAGGACUCGGUACGGAAGGCUAGCCCGUUCGAUAAUCUGAGCAGGGAAGAUCUGGUGAAGAAAUGUAAAGGUCUGCUUGGUAUUGCCCAGAAAGCCAAACAAGCAAAGGAUGAAUGUCAAGAGGAGAACCAGCGUCUCAAAGAGCAGUUGGAUCACUUUGAAACCCAAAAGAAUGCUGAUAAGGAUUGCAUCAAAGCGAUGCAAGAGGUGGCCGAUUCCUACAUGGAUCAAAAGUUGCAGGCAACGAUGAAAGUAGAUGAAUUAGAAAAGCAAAUAACAAAGCUGAAUGUUCAGCUCAGUGAUGAAAAAAACAAAGCAGAAGCGAUGCAAGCGGAUAUGCAGCAGCUAAACAGAAAGCUGGAACGUUUUAACGAACUGCAAGAAGAUAACUCAAAUCUUGAAAAGGAGCGGAUAGCUCUCGAGCAAGAAUUGAUAAAGGUGAAAGGCAGUCAAACCGUGUUGGGCGAAUCAACCCCAACACCGAGAGAAGAAAAAUUGAUUCGAAAGCUAAAGCUUUACAAAGCCAAAGUGCAAGAGAUCAACGCAAAGUUAUUACUGCUUAAAUCGGAUCGCAAAAUUUUACUCAAAACGGUUAAAGAAUAUUCGGAACAGGUUCCAAAAUGGCAGAAAGAUUUGGUAAACGCAUCGAACGUUCUGUUCGAAAAGAUACGUCUGCUCGAGCUGGAAAAAAGCAACCUUGAUCAGAGGAUUGAACAGCACGAAUUAUUACAAAUCGAACUGAGGGAGCAAAAUGUAACUCUAGAGCGAAAAGUAUCAGAACUAACACAGCAAUUGGAACAUAAUGCGAUUGCUGACCGGGAUCAAAUGGACAGUAAUGGUGCUACGGAUAACGCAUCUGAAAAACUACGAGCCGAAAUUAAUCGUCUGAAUUCGAUAAUUGCAGCGGGAGAAACUGAUAAGCGAGAACAGCUAUCAACAUAUGAAAGUAAAUUGCAAACCGACUGCGACGAGAAAGAAAAUCUGCGAAAAGAUCUUGAAACAUCCAAUCAGACAAUUCUCGAUUUAAAAGCAAAGCUUCAAUCUCAACAGGAUAUUUUGUCAGAAAGUAAGGAAUCCCAAAAGCGCAUCACUGAACAACUCGAACAGCACGAAAAAGAUGCCAAUAUGUUUGAUCAACAAGCUAAGCAAGUGCAAGAAGAACUGCAAAGCCAAAUACAACACUUCGAAAAGCUCCAAGAAUCUUUACAAGCUAAUGUUGCUGGCCUAGAAAAGCGAUUAGAUGAAUCGGAAAGAGAGAACAACCAACUUCGGGAAAGUUUAACGCAAAUGUCGACUGAAAAUGGAGAAAAAUCUUUAGCGAUUCAAGUGCAAUUAGAUGAUGCAACACAAACAUUAUGUACUGUGGAAAAGGAAAAAGAAAAAUUGAUAAAACAAAUCGCUUCACUCGAAUCGGAUUUACAGAACCAAUCCUCGAAGCUGGCUGAGGAACACCAGCAGGUUGUGCAAAAAUUAGUAGUGGAAAACCAAAACCUAGAAGCGCAACUGGCUCAACUAGCGGAAAAACUCCAGAAAAGCAUUUCAGCAUCGAAGCAGGCCAUGGAGCGCUGCGAGCUCUUGGAAAAGGAGUGUGAAUCGAGAAAGGAUCAGCUAAUUUCUGAAAGCAAUCGCUUGCAAGACGAACGGGAUGUAGCUCUCAAAGAGAAUGAAUCCAUUUCAUCAACUUUGCAGAAGACAGUUGAUGAUCGUGACCGGCUGAAAACGGAGAAUGGCGAAUUGCUCUCAGACCUGAAAGAAAUCAACGAAAUGCUGAAAGAUAGAGGAGAAGUGAUUAAUUUGCAGCUUUCAAAAAUUGCCGAACUGCAAGACAAGCUUUCUCGCGCCGAAACGGUUGAAGUAGAACCGCUAAAGCUCAAAAUCGAUCAACUGCAAAAACUGUUAGCUGAAAAGGAGACAGAGCUAGAACGGCAACGAGAUGAACUGGCCGCGGCAAUGAACCGUUCGAACAUUAGUUUCGAUGCGCAGAGUGAUGUAAUGUCCACUUCGACCAUUUCGCGCGUGGAAGACGUUGCACGGUUGCGAGAGAUCGACGAGAGCUUCGAAGAGAAAUACAUAAAACUACGCUCGUUAGCGGUGAAGCUAAAAAAGAAGGUAGCAGAACAAACAGUACUGCUGCAAAAAUAUGAAAAAGAAUCUUCAACCGUCACGACUGUCGCUGAUUCUUCGCUGCAAACAGUUACCAAGAAUUUACAAACACUACAAACGGAAAACGAUCGAUUGCAGGAUCAGCUCGAUAGCAUGACACAAGAGACGGCUAAAUUGCGCGAAGAACUGGAGCAAAAAUCGAUCGAGUUGGCAACAGUAGAACAGGUGCAGAAAGACGUGGAAGGCACAAGUAAAGACCGAACGGCACUAGAGACUGCUAUCAGGGAAUAUCAAACACAAAUUCAAAAUCUGAAGCGUGAAAAGGAAGCAUUUCAACUGGCGAAGAAAGAAAUUGAUGCAGAAAACCAGCGCCUAAAAGCAAACCUCAAAACAAAGGAAAAAGAAAUCACCGAUACGAUGGAACAACAGAAGGAAUUGAAAUCCGAACUAGAACGUUCGAAACUUGGAGUGAAGAAAGCGAACCUGCUAACGCUCGAGAUGGAAGCGUAUGAGCGUUCACUGGCCGAGCUAAACAGCAAGCUAGAGGUGAAAAAAGCACGGGUGAAAGAGCUUGAAGGAACGAUUGAUGCACAAGAUCAUUCGAUGAAAAGUCUCAAACAGCAGCUUGCCAUUCUGGAGGAAAGUUUAGAGUCACAGCAGAAACAUUCCCGCGAGCUUAAGCAAGAAGUGGACAUCCAGCAGGGAAAACUGCGUCAAAGCGAACAUCAGCGUAUGGAGCUUACCAGGCAGUUGGAAGAGUUAAGAGACGAGCAUGAUCGGUUGAAGCAAAAGGUAGAAAAUAAUCGCGUUGAGCUAGAACAGGUUGCAGCCGAUAAGCAGAAGAUUUGCGGUUCGUUGGAAAUGGAAAAGAAUGCGUUGCUUAAGCAAAACCUGAGCAUAGAAAGUGAGCUGACUGAAUUGAGAAAGGAAAUGACCGGUAAACAGCAAGAAUUGGACGACAUUCGGACUGAGUUUGCUAGCUACAAAAUACGCGCCCAAUCCGUGCUGCGACAGAAUCAAAAUAAGGACAGUGGCCGGGAGAAGGAACUGGAGGAAGAAUUGAGCCAAUUGCGACGAUCACUGGAUUCUGUAGAAAACAAACAGCAGGGUCUUUUAAAGCAAAUUACCGAUUUGUCCAAAAGUAAUGCGGAAUUCAAACAUGAAAGAGAUCGCACGCAGAACCGCUGCAAAGAACUGUUGGGCUUGCUUGAAGAAAGCCGACUACACAAUGAAUCAUUAAUGGAAGAAUCACGCAAAGUAAAUUUGGACCAUCAGGAAGCACUGAAAACUCAACGCAUUCAGCAUGAAACACUAGUCCAGUGCUACAAAAAGCAGCUCGAAGAGCAGCGGGAAAGUCAUGUCCGAGAAGUGGAACAGUUGCAAAAAUCCAUACACAACCGUUCUGAGGUAUUAUCGGAUAGUUUACCAAGCAUCGAAGGUAGAAGCAAUCUUCUCAACAAUAACCUUCUUGCAAUGGGACCAGGAGGUAGUACGAAUCGUGGCCCGUUCACCGAUGAGCAGCGCAUUAAUCUGCUGCUAAUGGAGAGGGAAGAUGGCGAAGGCUCGGAAAGUACUAGCCUAGCAGCUGGAAAUGUUGUUCCUUGGCGACGAAAGCUUUCCUCGUCUUCUACGACACGGGGCCGCAACAGUCGCGAUAUCAUUCCUUUGGAUGAGUUGUUAAACACUUCGUUCGACGAUGCGGCCUCUGUUGUACUGGCAGAUGGUGAGAGUGAUCAGCAUCAACAGGGACACAUGUUCGCCAACAGGGAUUCAUCACCCACGAUCGAACUGCAGCGCACGAAGGAUCAACUCAGCAAGCAGGAAAGCAGAGUGCGUCAUUUGACCGCCGUGUUAGCAGAAGCAGAGCAAGAUCUUGCAAAGUUAACGCAAUUGAAUGAGCUGUUGAAGGAGGAGGUCCGUCGACAGCAACGUUCCAUUGAGCGGGAGGCCCAUGUACACAAUUCAGAAUAUUUGAAAAAUGUGAUAUUCAAGUUUGUAACUUUAGGUAAUGGAGACGAGCGAUCAAGGUUGGUGCCGGUUUUAAACACGAUACUUAAGCUAAGUCCUGAGGAAACACAAAAGUUGCAGAACGUUGCUAAAGGUUCUGACGCUAAUGCCCGCGGUUGGACAGGGUUAUUAUGGAGUUAG